GUCUCAGUAAGGAUGAGCGACGACGUAGCUGUAGCUAUGCAGAAGGUUUCACUGAAGGAGGAAAAGGCAUGAUAGUAAUACCGAUUUAAACGUUCGCUGAGAGGGAGAGAGCAAAACAAAUUUAGUUAACGAGCAAUUCAGGCGCGCAAUUUUUUAAUUGCAAGGGGGUCAUGCUGCUGGCAAUUCUGAGCUGCCGGGGACUCGGGUUCGCAACUCGUCCCGGCACCAGAUGGAAAUCACUAAGCGCCCUGGUAAAAAUGAAGAAAAAGUCUAAUACUCCAGAACAAAGCGAUAUUAAGGAAUUGAAGUCAUGGCCAACUUACAUUCAGGACAGAAUAACGCUCUUUGACAAACUAAAGGCUGAGUAUGAAGCAGAACUGGCAACAAAGCUAUCUGCUGAAAUAACUGUAACACUACCUGACGGCAAAAAAAUAUCAGCACAAUCCUGGCGUACUACUCCUUAUGAUGUAGCAAAAGGCAUCAGUAUAGGGUUGGCUGACAACACAAUCAUUGCUAAAGUAAAUGGCGAAGUAUGGGAUUUGGAUAGGCCAUUGGAGUCAGACUGCAAACUGGAAUUGCUCAAGUUUGAUAACCCGGAGGCUCAGGCAGUCUUCUGGCAUUCAAGUGCUCAUAUUCUUGGAGAGGUUGUGGAGAGAGUUUAUGGUGGUUGUUUAUGUUAUGGUCCACCCAUUGAGAAUGGAUACUAUUAUGAUAUGUACAUUGGAGAUAAAGCUGGUAUAUCAAAUGAUGAUUUUCCAUAUUUGGAUUCACUGUUUAAAAAUAUCGUUAAAGAAAAACAACCUUUUGAGAGACUUGAAAUGAAGAAAGAAGAUUUGCUGGAAAUGUUCAAGUACAACGAGUUCAAAAUUAGAAUUUUGAAUGAGAAGGUCAAAACACCUACCACUACUGUAUAUAGGUGUGGAUCUUUGAUCGAUUUGUGCCGAGGUCCUCAUGUACGACACACUGGAAAAAUAAAGGCAGCAAAAGUGACGAAAUCCUCGUCGGCUUAUUGGGAAGGUAACGCUAAUGCAGAAACGUUACAGCGAGUUUAUGGUAUCAGUUUUCCUGAUCCCAAGCAACUGAAAGAAUGGGAAAAGAUCCAGGAAGAAGCUGCUCAACGGGAUCACCGUAAAAUUGGACGAGAACAAGAGCUUUUCUUUUUCCAUGAAUUAUCACCUGGAUCAUGCUUUUUCCAACCAAGAGGAGCGCAUAUCUACAAUACUCUUGUUGACUUUAUACGCUCUGAGUAUAGAAAGAGAGGUUUUCAGGAGGUUGUGUCGCCGAACAUAUACAACAGUAAACUAUGGCAAACGUCUGGCCACUGGCAGCAUUAUGCAGAGAACAUGUUCUCGUUCGACGUUGAAAAAGAGACCUUUGCACUGAAGCCCAUGAAUUGCCCAGGUCACUGCAUGAUCUUUGACGUUCGGAAUAGAUCUUGGCGUGAGUUGCCUCUGCGUAUGGCAGAUUUUGGAGUUCUGCAUCGUAACGAGCUUUCCGGAGCUUUGACUGGUCUCACGCGAGUACGUCGUUUUCAACAGGACGACGCUCACAUUUUCUGCGCGCCCGAGCAAAUCAAAGAUGAGAUGCUUGCUGCUCUGGAUUUCCUAGAUCACGUUUACUCCGUAUUCGGUUUCACCUUUAACUUAUGUCUCUCCACGAGGCCUGAGAAAUUCUUGGGUGACGUUGUAGUCUGGGAUGCUGCUGAAAAAGCACUUUCACAGAGUUUGGAUGCUUUCGGCAAGCCAUGGACUCUGAAUCCCGGUGACGGUGCUUUCUACGGGCCUAAAAUCGAUAUUACUAUUAUGGAUGCGCUUAAGCGAGCUCAUCAAUGUGCUACUAUUCAAUUAGAUUUUCAACUGCCGAUUAGGUUUAAUCUGUAUUACGUUAAUGAGGCAGGUGAAAAAGUACGUCCUGUGAUAAUCCAUCGUGCAAUUCUUGGCUCGGUAGAGCGAAUGAUUGCCAUCCUAACGGAAUCGUACGCUGGCAAGUGGCCAUUCUGGUUGUCGCCACGUCAAGUGAUGGUCGUUCCUGUAGGACCCUCAGUCGAUGAGUACGCAGAACAAGUCAUGGACAAAAUCUAUGCGGCUGGUUUCAUGGCUGAGGUUGAUACUGAUCAUGGUGAUACACUCAAUAAGAAGAUAAGAAACGCCCAGCUCGCGAAAUUCAACUUUAUUCUUGUGGUCGGUGAAAAGGAGAAAGCUGCUGGUACGGUGAACGUUCGUACGAGAGAUAAUAAGGUGCACGGAGAGAUUGGAACUGAAGAUUUGAUUAGGAAAUUCCAGCACUUCAAACAGACUAAAGAUAAGACGUGUGAAGAAAACUUUUAAAGCAUCUAUAUCGCUAUUAGACAAUUCAUACGCUAUUGUAUUUAAUAUUUAUAAGCAUCAUUUUUUUCCAAUUCAAUCACACAGAUUCACUAGCUCUAAUUUUUUUUUGGUUUCUUUUGUACACGGAAUCUACAAAUCGAAAUAAACUUAAUUAAAAUACUUCAAAUUGUUUCACAUUGUU